CGCUGCUGCUGCCGCCGCCCCCCACCUGCUCCUGCACCUGCCUCCCUGGAGGAGCCUGCCACCCCCGGGAAUGUGACUCGCCCUUAAAUUAAUUUUACCCACUUCCACUUGCGGCUGAGCAUCCUGCCUGCUCUCGCCACAGUAGGCACCCCCGCUGGAGAGGGAGCGAGGGAGACGGACUCAGGAUGGCUUGCAGAAGGCGCUAUUUGAGUUCCCUGGACACCGGAAGCAGCCUCUCCACUGACCGCUACAGCGUCGAGGGCGAGGUCCCCAGCAGCGAGCCCAGCACGUCCCUGGACAGCCCUUCGGCCUACCACCAGGGCCCCGCAGCACCCGGUUCCAGCCUGAGCCCGGACCGCUACGAGCACGCACCGCUGGGAGCCUAUGGGCUGCACGUGGGCCCGACGGGGCAGCAGCGUGCACGGAGACCCCGACUGCAGCACUCGGCCUCCGUCCUGCGCAAGCAGGCCGAGGAGGAGGCCAUCAAGCGGUCCCGCUCGCUCUCCGAGAGCUAUGAGCUGUCCUCGGACCUGCAGGACAAGCAGGUGGAGAUGCUAGAGCGGAAGUAUGGGGGCCGCCUCGUGACGCGCCAUGCGGCCCGCACCAUCCAGACGGCCUUCCGCCAGUACCAGAUGAACAAGAACUUCGAGCGCCUGCGUAGCUCCAUGUCCGAGAGCCGCAUGUCACGCCGCAUCGUGCUGUCCAACAUGAGGAUGCAGUUCUCCUUCGAGGGCCCCGAGAAGGCGCACAGCUCCUACCUGGAGGGGAGGCAGGUCUCCGUGACGGGCGACGGCUCCCAGCUGGGCGCCUUGGCACCCUCCGAGUGCGGUGACCUCGGCGAGCCGCCCACCCUCAAGUCCCCGGCCCCCUCCAGCGACUUUGCGGACGCCAUCACGGAGCUGGAGGACGCCUUCUCCCGGCAGGUGAAGUCCCUGGCUGAGUCCAUCGACGAUGCCCUGAACUGCCGCAGCCUACACGCGGAGGAGGCGUCGGCCCUGGACGCGGCGCGGGCCCGGGAAGCUGAGCCCGCGCCGACCCUGCACAGCAGGGACCGCCACAAGCUGGACGAGAUGACGGCCUCAUACAGCGAUGUCACCCUGUACAUCGACGAGGAAGAGCUGUCACCCCCUCUGCCCCUCUCGCAGGCAGGGGACCGGCCGUCCAGCACCGACUCAGACCUGCGGCUACGGGCCGGGGGUGCCGCCCAGGACUACUGGGCCCUGGCCCGCAAGGAGGACAGGGCUGACCCGGACACGAGCUGCCGCAGCACGCCGUCGCUGGAGCGCCAGGAACAGCGGCUGCGCAUGGACCACCUCCCGCUGCUCACCAUCGAGCCGCCCAGUGACAGCUCUGUGGACCUCAGUGACCGCUCGGACCGCGGCUCUCUCAAGAGACAGAGCGCCUACGAGCGCGGCCUGGGCGGCCAGCAGGGCAGCCCCAAGCACGGCCCCCACGGCGGCCCCCCCAAGAGCCUGCCAGGGGAGGAACCCGAGCUGCGGGCCCGUCCCCACAGCCUGCGCGAGCAGACGCUCAGCAAGCAGACCUACCACAAGGAGACGCGCAACAGCUGGGACUCGCCCGCCUUCAGCCACGACGUGCUCCGCAAGAGGCACUACCGCAUCGGCCUGAACCUCUUCGAAGCCUGAGAAGGGAGUCCAGUACCUCAUCGAGCGUGGCUUCGUGCCCGACACGCCGGUGGGGGUGGCCCACUUCCUCCUGCAGCGCAAGGGCCUCAGCCGCCAGAUGAUUGGCGAGUUCCUGGGCAACAGGCAGAAGCAGUUCAACCGCGACGUGCUCGACUGCGUGGUGGACGAGAUGGACUUCUCGGCGAUGGAACUGGACGAGGCCCUACGCAAGUUCCAGGCCCACAUCCGCGUCCAGGGGGAGGCCCAGAAGGUGGAGCGACUCAUCGAGGCCUUCAGCCAGCGCUACUGCAUCUGUAACCCGGGCCUGGUGCGGCAGUUCCGGAACCCCGACAGCGUGGAUGACGGCGAGGACAUCCCCCGGGAGAUGCUGGUGGGGAUCUACGAGCGAAUCCGGAAGCGGGAGCUGAAGACCAGCGAGGACCACGUGUCGCAGGUGCAGAAGGUGGAGAAGCUCAUCGUGGGCAAGAAGCCGAUCGGAUCCCUGCACCCCGGGCUGGGCUGUGUGCUGUCUCUGCCCCACCGUCGGCUGGUCUGCUACUGCCGGCUCUUCGAGGUUCCGGAUCCAAACAAGCCCCAGAAGCUUGGACUGCACCAGCGAGAAAUCUUCCUGUUUAACGACCUCCUGGUGGUCACCAAGAUCUUCCAGAAGAAGAAGAACUCGGUGACGUACAGCUUCCGGCAGUCCUUCUCCCUGUACGGCAUGCAGGUCCUGCUCUUCGAGAACCAGCACUACCCCAACGGCAUCCGGCUCACGUCGGCCGUGCCCGGAGCAGACGUCAAAGUGUUAAUCAAUUUCAACGCCCCCAACCCUCAAGACCGGAAAAAGUUCACCGAUGACCUGCGGGAGUCUGUGGCAGAAGUGCAAGAGAUGGAGAAACACAGGAUCGAGUCGGAGCUCGAGAAGCAGAAGGGGGUCGUGCGGCCCAGCAUGUCCCAGUGCUCCAGCCUCAAGAAGGAGCCGGGCAGCGGGACGCUGAGCCGGGCCUGCCUGGAUGACAGCUACGCUGGCAGCGAGGGCCUCAAGCGCAGUGCGCUCAGCAGCUCCCUCAGGGACCUCUCGGAGGCAGGGAUCCAUCAUUAGCAGCCCUCACAUACGCCGGAGAGCUACAUCAACACGAGAGUGCCCACCUCGCCCACACCAGGCCAUGCCCAACUCCUCCCUCCUGGGCUCCUUAUUCGGGAGUAAGAGAGGGAAGCCCCCUCCCCAGGCCCACCCGCCCGCGGCCCCGCCCCCGCCGGGCCCGCCCGCCCAGGUGCACACCCACCACACCCAGUACUGCCACAUGCAGCAGAACCCGCACCCCGGCCUCCGGGCCCCACGCCCACGGCCCCCCAGCCCAUGUGGGGCACACGGUGCCCCACCACGGCCAGCCCCCUGCCCCCCCGCCCCCCACCAGCAGCAAGACCAAACCCAGCGGCAUCAGCACAAUUGUGUAGCCAGCCUGGCAGGCGCCAGCCUCCCGAGACAACCGCACAGCACACAGGGCAGCCCGGCAGCCAGCCACAGCCCGGACCAGGGCACCCGUGUCUCCGCCUCUCCCUCUGCCCUCACAGCCCGGACGGAGUCCCGUGAGCCCCCGGGGCUCGUGUGUCACGAACAGAGCCCCCAGUUUAAUUUCGGGCUCCUCCACCUCUACUGAGGGCGGGCCUCAGCCACGUGCCCCGACCAGGUAGACUGGCCUGCCUCCCGCCCCGCCCAGCCUCUGCCCCCAAGCUCCCGUGCACACAGAAGGCCCCGCCUAGAGAAGGGAGAGAGGAGAGGCCAAGACAAAGCAGAGAGCCCAGCUCGCUGCACUGUUGCUCUUUUAUUGACAAUGGGCAAAAUUAAGUAGACCUGAUAUGGUUGAUGAAAAGCCGUAAGUACACUUUAUAUGGUAUACAUAUAUACAUAUAUACAUAUACACACAUAUAUACUGUCUAGGAGUCUCCUGUGCAGGGGCGCGUUGCAGCCCACGGGGCGAGCAGUGCGGACUGCCCAGGAGCCCCGCCCAGAGCGGGAGACAGCCCCCAGCUGAGUGAGCCAGCAGACUGGGCCGCGGGGCUAGACAGGCUCAGAUACUCCCCUAUUUUCGUACGGAGAAGAGGUCCCUGUAGGACUGGCGAAAUCCUCACCUAAUACUAACUGUGCCAAGUAACAGCAUCUAACCGCUAGACAGUCCACGACUGCUUUGUACAAAUCCUUAUUUUAUUAACAGAAUACUAUCACAAGUAAUCAGUAUUAUAACUGCUGUGUUAUUUCAGGUAAGCAGGUAAAUACAAUUAAAUACAGCGAGCUCCACAGUAGCCGCUCAGGACCCGCAGUUACACGCGGGCUGCCUGAGGUGUGGUUACAGACUUAGACACUUUACUGGCUGCAAAAACUGUGAAUCCCCUCGGCCUCCAUCGCACACGCAUACAAUUUAGGGUGCACACUCAUUCCGGGUCCUCCGGGGGGCGCCCCCAGCAGACGGCAGAGACCAGCCCUCAUCCCGUCUCCCGGCACCAUCCUCGCUCAUCCCGUCUCCCAGUCUCCCAGGACAGCGAGCGUCUCCCAUCCCGCUUUCUGAGUGGCAGUCGUGGUCAUUGUAGUUCCAUGUAGCCAUGUGCUAGCAGACCCCGUGUCAUCACCGUGGCCCAUGUGACCCCGGCCGACCAGUGCCCGGCCCUGGCCAGGCGAAGCCCCGCUGCCUCGUGGCCCAGCGAGCUGCCAGGGCAUCACAUGGCCCCGCUGUGCUCUUGUCGCUUCUGUGUGGUGACACCAUGCGCUCCCCUGGGGCCGGGCGCUGCCCGUGUCUUCGUCCGUGCCCGAGUCACCCACGGGCAUACUUUGUAGUUUCAGCCCUUCGAGCCACUGCAGCCCCCAGUGCUGUGCUCCUAAGCCGUGGGACCUGAGGACUGCCCCAUGGCACCUGCCUGGGCGGAGAGCCCUUCCAGAAAGGGCGAAGCCAAGGCCUGACCCGUGGGGCUCCGUGUCCAGUGGACAGCAUGGCGAGCCAAGGCCGGACGGCAGGAGGAAGCCUGCUCUCCCGGGUGUCACCCUGGCUGGCGGCCGGGCCCCCCCCCCCCCCCCCCCCCCCCGCCAUAUCAUUGAGAUCACUGUACCAGCAAAUCUGCAAACUGAGCACUUCGUACCCACAGGGCAGAGACAGCAGUCUAGAGCUCAGCCUCUCCGAGUGGCCUGGCCCGCCCACCGCCAGCUCCCUGGCUCGCGUUUCUCGGCAUCUGCCCAGAAAGGAAGGAGGGAAACACGACCAGACAGGCCUGGCGGGUGGGCCGGGCCGGCCGCGGAGCUCCCCCGGUCCACUGAAUCUUUUCCGUGGAAGUCCGUCCCCAGGCGCGGCCUGCCUGGGGCUGGAGGGACGCAGCUCCGAUGGCGCCGAAGUGCCGCAUGUCGCCGGCGCCCGUGUCCGAGGCUGCUCUGUUGUGUAUUUGCAGAAUCUCAGUGUUAAUGUUGACAAAUAGUUGAAGUAAAGUGGUAACAUAUUAAAUAUGUCAGCUUUUCUUCACCCUGUCUGUACCGAGGGUAGAGUCUAACUGUAAACUUUAGGUUGCUCCAGAAAAGAUACGGGCCGUUUGGUACAAAAUCGCUCCUCCCGAUGAGCGCGGCUAGUGAGCAGCGGGCCGGGACGUAGGCACAGCCAGGGGAUCUCGGCCGUCCCAUCCCUCGGCCUGCAGCCCUGUCCUGGGGCGUCCUGGGGCUGUGGGGCAGGGGCAGGCGGGAGCCAGCUCCAUUCCUCCCCUUACGCCCACCUGCUCGGUGCGUUGGCCCAGGCAGUAAGGUUCCACCGUUCCUGGUGUUUUCUUACCGACUUCACAGGGGAUGCAUCUCGAGGGCCCGCUGCUGGGUUCAGGAGGCUGUGGCCACACCACAGAGGCUCCUGUAGGCUGGUGUCCUGUGUCGCUCUCAUGGGACUCUAGAUCCAACCUGUCACAAAGCCAUAGUUUCAGGGCCCCAGAAGGGGAGGUGGGAGGAUGCAAGGAGCCCUGGGAUGUGGGCGACACCUUUGCUGGCGGGGCAGCAGGAAACAUCACGAGAAUCUUUCUGGGACAACAGCGAAACCACGUCUUUGUAUUUUUUUAUGUUUACGAAUGAACUGUACAGUAAUGUAAAAAUAAAGUCCAUCCUAACACGC